AUGUACGUCAUAGUAGCUAGCUAGUGGGUUUAAAACGAAAAGGAGGAUAACAGGAAACCAGACACAAAAACACAAACAUGUACUGCAUUUUUUUACUCCUUCUCCUCCCAUCAAUCUCCGCCUUUGUGCCCAUCGGUGAUGUCAUCGCCUGCAAUCACAAUCAUCGCAGGGUGGCGCUUUUCAGUGUAGCCGAUGUCAAACGCGACUUCGAGCUGAACCCCCAAAAAACCUUCCUCUUGGACGUCCGCGAACCGGAGGAAUGGGCCGAGGGUCAUCUCGCAUUGGCCAGCCCAAACCCUCUAUCCACGUUGACGAGUGGCCAAUGGAUGAAUCGAGAGACCGGGAAGAUGUCGCCGGGUUCUUAUCCUAUUGAUCGUUUUACCGGCGUCGCUAUCUUGCUAAAUAGAAAGAUCUACAUCCAUUGCAAGAUGGGAGGGAGGGCAAAGCAAGCGGCCGAGUUGCUCACCCAGAUGGGAUACAAGGAAGUGGUUGUACUCGAAGAGACCUACGAUCAACUUGCAGCCGCUGGAAUAUGCGAUGUUGUGGAGGGAGAAGCACAGGGUUUGACGGAUUAGUCUUAUAUAUUGAUGCCGAAAGCGUCCGAAGAAGGAAGAACACCUACCGCUACACGUCUACUGAACUGAAAUGCUGGCAUCUGUAUGGAUAGCUACAGAGUCCACAUGAAGGAUCCAAGCAGAGAUAGGCAAGAAGAUGCAUUCAGUUCAGUAGCAAUUAAGGUCGGGACAGCUCUAGCUAGCCAUCUAUUUCAUCAUCUAGAACCGACACUUGCUGCAUCGUAAUCUGCUUCGAAGGCGACUGAUACAAUGACGCCUGG